AUGGAUGACUCCCCAUUUACUUAUAAGUCAGUAACGGAUGAAGACUUGGAAAUGUUCGCCAAGCAUAAGAAUACUAUUAAUAGUGAAGUCCGAAAAAAGCAUCCAUCAAUUCCGGCUAAUUUUGAGCUGAAACCAGUACGUGCUCGUCACGUUCCAGCCUGUGGCACGAUUCAUGAUUUCAAAAUCGCUCUACCUGAUAAUCAAUUCGUCAAAGUUUCCUGGAUCACAGGCGCAAUGCAGAUGUAUCCACCAGGCGAAAAACCACCUGAACAUCCACCAGAGCCUCAUAUCAACGUUGACGAUACAUUAACAUCAACACCUGAUGAAUAA